AUGAUCCCCUGGAAUACCAGGCACAGGCUCCGCGAUGUCGUCGACGUUUUACAUAACACAUCUGUUGAGAUAUUCGAAUCUAAGAAGAUGGCCCUAGAAGAGGGCGACGAGGUCUUCAAGGCGCAGUUGAGUCAAGGCAAAGAUAUUCUGAGCAUUUUGAUGAGAGACGACAUGGCCGCCUCGAAAGAGGACAAGCUGGCCGACAAAGAGCUUCUUGGACAGAUGUCGACCUUGACGUUCGCUGCAAUGGACACGACCUCCGGCGCACUGUUGCAACCGAGUAGUUGGUACUCGGACAUUCCGCCCUCGAAGAGUCGUCUCCCGACUCCUCGAGUAUAUAAGCCCUCUCAACGGGCGCUAAAUGCUAAUCGUGUCUUAACCACCAACCACCACCACUGCGCCAACAGCUUAGAAACGAGAUUCGAGAAGCUAGGCAACAGAAUGGUGACCUACAGUACGAUGAGCUCGUUUCUCUCCCCUACUUGGACGUCGUCUUACCGGCUGACAAAAGAGAAACAGUACCCCCCUGUGUCAGUCGUCAAUAGGACAACGCGAGAAGACGUUGUCCUCCCUCCCUCCAAACCCAUCGUUGGCCUGGACGGGCGAGAGAUCAGCGACAUACCUAUCCCCAAGAAUACAAAUGUCAUUGUGGGUAUUAUGGCAUCCAACCGUAACGCCGAAAUCUGGGGACCUGACUCAUACGAGUGGAAGCCCGAGAGGUUGCUCCAGCCGCUGCCGGAGAGCGUGGCGGCUGCGCAUAUUCCUGGAAUUUACUCGAACUUGUAG